CCAUAGUAUACUCUCAAGUCUCAACGAGAGAAAUAAAAAAUAAGAAUAGUUGGAGUUGGUGAAGCUCAGAAUUCAAUCUUUCAGAUCAUCGACAAAAUGAUGCUCUCUCGUAUCGGGCGUUCAAUCUCCAGAUCUUCUCGCUCCUCGCUCUUCAAUUCAACUCUUGGUAGUGACGGAUACGGAGCAAGAAUUGCAGGGAUUGCCAAUCAAUCGGGCGGAAUCGCACCACGCAGUACUGAACAAGGGCUAGGGUUUGUCAAUGCUUAUUUUUCGUCAACGGGCGCUGCUGGAAAACAGUCCGGUCCUUCGUUUUCGCCUGUUUCUCGGCCCGAUUUCGCAAACUAUAGCUUUGCUAGGUUCUUAUCAAGUGAUGUCCCAAAGAAAUUAGAUAAUGAGAUAAAUGGUGGUAAGGGAGAAGUUAAUGUGAUUCGCCCAUUGUCUCCUCAUCUUCUCAUUUACCGGCCACAAUCUAAUUCCACCUUGUCGAUUUUGCAUAGAGUAUCUGGAAUGUACCUCACGGGUGCAUAUGUGUUGUUUUCCCUUGUUUAUAUGAAGAUGGGUUCUAUUUGCUUCAGCUAUCCGAGUUUCUACCAGACAGUCUUUUAUUCGUCAAAGCUCCAUACAAUAUCUCUUGAGAUUGCUGCCCUUGCUUUUUCUUAUUAUGUUUAUCAUGGAAUAAGUCAUAGGUCAAUGGAUGGGGUUCGACAGAUUCUGCUUGAUUAUGUUCACCAUGGAGUUACCCGGAAUUAUAUCUUGGUCUUAUGGAGCUUGUUCCUUGUAAUCGUACUCAAGGAUUAUUGUGUGUAUCUCACCCCUUUAAAUUAAGUUAUGUCUCAACAUCUGCCAUGGUGUAACUGAGCAACAUUUAACCAAUUUCAUAUUUAGGUGGAAAAGGGCAUAAUUGGGCUAUAUCAGUGUGCCAAACCUCUUGGAAAGUUGCUAGAGAAUGACAUUAAUCUAGCAAAUGACGAGUGAAAACUCAAAUAAAAUAAGGUUUGAGUUGUUAUGCAACAUUUGUAAUGUUUAUACUCUAUUUCUUUUGAAGCCUCUCUUAUGUAGUUAUGAAAGAUUUAAGAAUGCUGUUA